GUAGCCCAAUUACUUUCUUUUGAUUAGGAAGAAGUCUCUGCAGUGAUGUCGGAGACCGCUCCCGCCGCCGCUCCCGCUGUCGCGGCCCCCACCGCCAAGGCCGCCGCCAAGAAGCCGAAGAAGGCGGCGGGCGGCUCCAAAGCCCGCAAGCCCGCCGGCCCCAGCGUCACCGAGCUGAUCACCAAGGCCGUGUCCGCCUCCAAGGAGCGCAAGGGGCUCUCCCUCGCCGCGCUCAAGAAGGCGCUGGCCGCCGGCGGCUACGAUGUGGAGAAGAACAACAGCCGCAUCAAGCUGGGGCUCAAGAGCCUCGUCAGCAAGGGCACCCUGGUGCAGACCAAGGGCACCGGCGCCUCCGGCUCUUUCCGCCUCAACAAGAAGCCCGGCGAAGUGAAGGAAAAAGCUCCCAAGAAGCGCACGGCCGCGGCCAAGCCCAAGAAGCCGGCGGCUAAGAAGCCCGCCAGUGCCGCCAAGAAGCCCAAGAAGGCUGCGCCGGUGAAGAAGAGCCCCAAGAAAGCCAAGAAGCCGGCGGCCGCUGCGACCAAGAAAGCGGCCAAGAGCCCCAAGAAGGCGACUAAGGCUGCCAAGCCCAAAAAGGCGGUGGCAUCAGCCAAGAGCCCGGCCAAGGCAAAGGCGGUGAAGCCCAAAGCAGCAAAGCCCAAGGCGGCCAAGCCCAAAGCAGCCAAGGCGAAGAAGGCGGCGCCUAAGAAGUGAAGUGUUGAAGUGGAAAUGCUUAAACCCAACGGCUCUUUUAAGAGCCACCCACUAUUGUCCGAAAAAGGGCUGUUACACUCCGUAGCCGAGCUCCGUGCCUGCAGCAGAGCUACUACACACAGGCUACUAUCCGUGUAGGACGUUCGUCUGUGGAGUGCAUGGGACGCUAAACUUCCGGCCAUGGUUACGCUAAGACUUAGAAAAUAAAGUUUACAUUCCUUCCGAAAAAGCUUUCUAAAAGCCCA